AUGGCGGCCGCGAGGGUAGUGUGGAAGAGACGAACUUCUUCCACUUUUUUGCGGAUUUCUCCCCUUUCCCGGGACUGGGCACGCCGGAACCACCACCCAGCCCCACUCGACGAGUACACGGACGUGCCCGAGUACCCGCCCAUCCUCGACGUCAGCAGAGAAGCGAGGAAAAGGAGGAAAACCGAGGCAUGGCACCAGAAGAUCGCAGACCUCCCUACCCUCGAGCAGAAAUUAAUGGAGCUCAACAUGCCCAAAUACCACGGGUACUGGGCAUGCAGGCUCUUGGACACGAAGCCCACGCUCCAGGGCACGCCUUUCACCCAGUAUGCCACCAGGACGCACGUGGUGGAGGGGUUGCCUGAGGGAUACCACGAGAGGGAGGCGGCGGCGGGGCUGACGGAGGGGCUGAAGGGCGCCGUCGAGGACCUGCUUCUGCUCAACUUCCAGACGCCCUUGAGCAGGAGAGACUUCGGUCAAGGGCGAGCCAUUGAGAGGCAUCAGACACAGAACUUCCUUCUUGGCUUACACAAGGUCCUGGCAGCAGCAUUAGCACCCUCAGCCGAGCACAUUAAGGAUGCUGUGGUUGAUGUAAGGCCCAGAGUGGAAGCUUUCUGGUUUCUUGGUGGACUUGAAUCGGACAAUUUGCUAAAAAAGAAACGGCGAAACUUCAAGCCCAUGAAAGACAAAGAGCAUGAGCUUAUGGAAAGAGCCAUUCAGGCAGAGAGUUCUCCCAGCCUCUGUGUCCGAACAAGUCUGGGUCUCCCGGAAGUGGUCUCCAGGGAGGACAGCCUAGCAACAAGUGCGCCGGUACCAGUAGAAAAUCUAGAUCCACGAGCCUACGGUUUCAAGUUCCAGCACAAGCAUGCUACGAUUGUGACAGGAUUCUGGCCGGGGGAAGCGAAGGAACACAGCCAGCUCUGGUUGCACAGUAGAGAAUUUGAAGAAAAAUUUAGCCUGGAGUUUGGACCUCACAACGUGCACAAUGCUUUAAUGCAGAAGAUGAUUGUGUCUUCAUUUUCUCAGGCACUUGCACAUGCCACAUAUCAAGGAUUUGGUCCGGUGACAGAGUUAACUUACCCAAUUGUACAGCAGUCAGCAAUAACGGACGGUCAGAAGUGGAAUUUCAGCUUGUACCAGAUGAACACUUGUGCUCUUCACUCUGAAAAUGCUACUGAAAACCCACAUAACAACAUAUUGUGGUUGAGUCCAGAGCAGAAGCUCUUUGAGGCUGUGGAAGAGAGUGGAGUGAAGGGUCUUAAUGAAGAGGUCCUGACAACCCUCAUUGCCAUGUACCUGAAGAAGGGCAUUGUCAGAGAAAAUCCAUCGCCUUACCUCGCUCCCUAUAAGCACCUGGCGAACCACAAUGCACCCGAGGAAUACCGAGUGGAGUUCCAAGAAUACCUCCGGGAGUUGCUCUCUGGACGUCCCAGGCACUUCCUCAAGCCAGAAAUGUACCUGUGGGAGAAGAUCUACAAGCGGGACAAUAACACUAGACCCUAUGAACCUCCUCGUCGGUUCUUCGAGGAACAUUACAACCAGAAGAAUCCCGAGAAGAGACGUCUCGAUGACUAUAGUCCCAUCUACAUUCCGAAAGCUUGCAGGAAGGAUAGAAAGCAGAAAUUCAAACCCAGAUUAAAUUCAGAGCACCUUUUUAAGUAUGAUUAAAUAAACUGUUUUGGAGAAUGAGAGGGAACUAUCAUGUAGGUUGAGCUUAAUUAAGAAAUGGGUCCUGACUUUCAAAAUGGUGAAAUUUGAAUUUAUCUGAGAUGUCGUUAUUUAUUUGUCGAUAAUUUAGUCAUAUUUCACCUUAAUUUGUUAAAGAAAAUAUUAUACCACUGUACAGUUCAGAACUAGGACUUGAGUGUUCUUUUUGUAAAUAAAUGUUUAUAUUAAAA